CAUACAUUUCGCAUUCCCUCUGUUACUGCGCUAGCUAGCGUGAGCCGAACCAGGAAGAAGUCCAAGUAGAAGUAGAAGAAAGAGGCACCCCCACCACCACCAUCACCAAUAAAAAAAGGAAAAAACACAAUAUCAACUACAAACCAAACAUAAAAAAGGGGGGAAAGAAUCGGUUUCUUUGUCGAGUCUCAAUCUGAAAUGGGGUUGUAUGCUGCAUUAUUUCUGUUCUUCUGUGUAAUGUACGCCCAUCUCCCACCAUCUUCAUCCGAUCCAUACGACGAAGCCUGCCUCACAAACCUAAGACAAUCCCUUCAAGACCCUACAAACAGCCUUAAGAACUGGACCAAAACCACCUUCGCCAAUCCAUGUAGCGGCUUCAACUCUUACCUUCAAGGCGCAACUUGCAACAACGGUCGCAUCUACAAGCUCUCACUCUCCAACCUCUCUCUCAGAGGAUACAUCUCCCCUUUCCUCUCCAACUGCACUAACCUUCAAGCUCUCGACCUCUCUUCUAACUUCCUCACCGGACCCAUCCCCCCUGAUCUCCAAUUGCUCGUCAAUCUCGCUGUCCUCAAUCUCUCCUCAAACCAACUCACCGGCGAUAUCCCCCCUCAGCUCGCAAUGUGUGCUUAUCUCAACGUUAUAGAUCUCCAUGACAAUCAGCUCACCGGACCGAUUCCCCAGCAAUUGGGUAUGCUAGCCAGGCUAUCGGCUUUCGAUGUUUCCAAUAAUCGGCUCUCCGGCCCUAUCCCUUCUACGCUGGGAAACCGAACUGGGAAUUUGCCCAGGUUCAAUGCCAGCUCCUUUCAAGGAAACAAGGACCUUUAUGGCUACCCUUUGCCGCCGUUGAAGACAAAAGGGUUGUCCGUGAUGGCCAUCGUAGGAAUCGGUUUAGGAAGUGGAUUCUUGAGCUUGGUGCUUAGUUUUACUGCCGUCUGUAUUUGGUUGAGGGUUACAGAGCAGGGGAUAGCUGGUGAAGAAGGGAAGAUCAGUCAGCUUAUGCCUGAUUAUUAACAUGCAUUAGUUGAGAGAUACGAACCAGUAAUUCCAGGGAGACAACUAUGAAGUACUUCCUCCACUUCCAAUCACAAGAUAAAGCAUCCGACAUUCAGACUGGGAAAGGCUUCCACAAAAUGAUAACCAGAAAUGAUGCCAGGUUUGACUGGAUCAUCACCUGCUUCAUUUAAUUUCCUACGACUCCAUUGAAUUGAACCUUACAAACGAAAAGAUGUCUUUGAACAAAAGCAUGAUUUCCCUGUAAACAUGAAUUCAGUAUGGAUUCUUAGGCCUUAGAUGAGCCGUAGAUUAUCACUCUCAACAAUCACAUGCUUGAAAUCCAGACUUCUAAGUUCUAACCACCUUUAAAGCUCUUAAAUCUGCAAUUGCACCUUGCAAGGACCACCCUUUCCUACCCAACAGACACCAUCAUCAUCUCCAAAGCAAAUAACCAAUAUUAACUUUAUUAAACUUGAAAAAAAACUACCACCAACAUUUACCUUGAUUCUUCUUCUUGCAUCAAUUAUUAAACCAGCUUGCAUGAAAGGGGAACAUCAGUAUCAUCAACACGAGGGCGUGCAAGAUAGAUUCACUGUCUCUUUCACAAAGAGAGCAAAUGAGGGAAUGAACUACUGUACGCUUGAAGAGGUUCUCUUUGAUAGCUUAAUCCAUUGUGACAACGCCUCUAUAAGAAAGAUUGUGAAUUGAGAACUUGGUAUUAUUCUCCCUCGAAGGUGGCCCCUCAUGUUAAAUAUCUGCUUCAGAAGAUAAGCCGGGUCUUUUUUACUUUCCUAGGUUUAGAAUGAUAUGGCUUUUAAUGUAUCGCUGUGGGGUAUUCUUUUCUUUGUGGGGUUUGGGUGAAAUUGUGAGGAAAUGCUCUUUGUACUCCAAGUCCUCCCUUGUGUUUCUGGCUUUUCC